AUGUCCGACAACAAACCAACAGAUAAUCAUCGCAAAACCUUGAAAGAGGGCAGUCCAGAAGAAAGAGUCAAAGCCUGGCUACAACUUACACUCAAUGAGAGCGGUCAUUCCAAACAAGGAGAUUGGAUGAAUACCCUCAUUCCUCAUCUUGAGCUCGUGUCCACCAAUGCUGAAGGACCUCACCCGUCAUGUGUAUUCUCAUAUACAGUUCAGCCCGAUAAUUGCAACAGGUUACAGAACCUGCACGGAGGUUGCGCGGCCACACUCUUUGACUGGUGUACGACAUUACCCCUUGCUUUGGUUAACAAGCCUGGCUUCUGGCAGCAUAUGGGCGUGAGCAGGACGCUAAACGUCACUUAUAUGCGACCUGUGCCAGUUGGAACUGAGGUAUUGAUAGAGUGUUCGAUUACUCAGGUUGGAAAGAAAUUAGCUUCUCUGCACGGAAAUAUGAGAAGGAGAUCAGACAAUCUUCUCCUUGCUACGGCUGAGCAUGGCGGCGACCCCACACAAGCUCCGCACGUUAAGUCCGAUGCGAUGUACACGGCCGGAAGUAACGUCAGAAGCCUUUCUAUAUCGUCAUUACAUGGCAGCCUCAUCUCAAAGAUUCACGUUCUCUCAAAGACAACACAAUUAAGCCACAAGAUUAUUCGCAUCAUGGACAGUCUAAACGCGGUGGCGCCGAUUCUGCAGCUUCCAGCUGAAAUACUGCAUCAUAUUUUGCAGUGGAUAGCUCCGGCCGACCUUGUUAUACUGCCCCGCGUGUGUAAGGCCUUUCAUACAGUAACGAAAGUGAACUACAAAUUAUAUCGAGAUGUCUACAUGAACACACUGGAUGAACCGAGUAACUCAAACCUGGACUACGAGCAAGAGAUUCGAGACUUUGUUAAGCUUGAAAUCACUCGUAUUCUCAAAAAUGCUUCACCUUCUCACGACGAAGCCAUCAACCUCUCCAAGACCCAUGCGCCAUCGCGCAAUGUCGCUCACCUUCAAAGUCUUUUCUCUCGAGACGACACUGCCGAGGCCUUCCUCCAAGGUUCAUCUCUUUUCAACCGCUUGCGCCGUCAGCCAACGCGAGACAGUAUCUCUGCGCCGACCUCAUGUGAUGACGGCUACAGGACUCUCCAGCAAAAGAGCGCCCACCUUCACUGUCUUUACUCAAGGCCUAUCCUCAACGUCGGCCGUCUACGAUCUAUGAAAACGUAUCCUUAUGCUUGCUCCAAGGUCUACGACUUGCGCCAGUUCACACAGAACACAGGAUGGGGACCAUUCAAAGACGACGGCACUUUCAAUGUUGAUUGGGAAAAGGUGGAGGCUAUUCUCAUUGUUCUAGGUCACAACAUUGGCGCAAGACGCCUGAUUGCACGAAUAUUCGCCGAGGUCUGGGAUAGCCCGUUCUCGGGAUCGUUCCAAAACAGUUUUAUGGCUCCUCCGCCUCGUGACAUCACUUCACUCGAGGCCCGCGACCCUUACGGAGUCACAGGCACAUGCGACUUCUUCGCCUUCAAUUUUGGUGACCCCGAACUCAUCACCGCCGAUGCGCCACGCCCACCACUUGAUGUGGGUGAAGCAACUCGCAUUAUCAUGAUGAAAGUCAACGUUACAUCUAUAGAGGAACCAGCCCCAGAAGACGGCCAAGAGCUACCCGUAGUUCACUUUCGGGGUGUAUCUCGUUCUCUGGACGAUUCGUUUGACGAUAAUGCCAACUCAAAUAUCCGAGCUGGAGUUAACGUGAGAACAUUCAACGUCAAAGGCACUGCUCGCCUGACAAAAGAAGGCGAGGUGAGAUGGACAACAUUUUCAAUAUUCCAUGGUGUCGAGCGCUGGCGCAGUGAGGGUAUUCAGAUCGGAGGUGUACGCUCCGCUCGAGGCGUUGUAGGAAACUGGUUCGAUAGUGACUACGAUGUUCAUGGACCUGCCGGUCCCACAGCCUUCUGGAAGGGCGCGACCCUCGCACAAGUCGCAAACAUGGAGGACGACCUUCUGCCAAACGACUUCUUCUUGCCAUACGGCGCUCUGAUCGACAUAGACAUAGACUCUGAGACUGAUCCAGAGGGAGAAAUGCCGUACACUGGCGAAGAUGACGAGGACGAGGAUGAUGAAGACGAAGAGAUGGAGGGUACUGCAGCAGGAGAGGAACUAACGGCUCUCCUUCACGAUGCGAACUUACCUUUGGAAGAGAGUCUCGCAAAUGGCCACGCCCUGAACUGA